CAUUGAGAUUUUCCCAUCCCAGGAAGUCUACAACUUCAUGAACGGAAGUACUUAAUAGCAAGAGUGAAGUGGUGGUUGUCGUCUGAGACUUUUUCAAUUGGUACCGAAGCAGGAAGAAAAUGGACUUUAAAGAAUGUUAUAGUGACACGGUGUCCUCGGUGGCCGCGGCAGCGCGCGCGGGGUGCAGGCGGAGGCUACGGACGCUGAUCCACCGGGGCUGUAGCAUCGACAGCAGGGAUAACCGCGGCUGGAACGCCCUGCAUGAAGCUGCAUCUGCAGGCUCUGCCGACUGUGUACGCGAGCUCAUCUCUGCUGCUGUGGCCACCUCACGAGGCGGCAGUAGCUAUCUCGCUGCCAGGACUCAUGAGGGGGAGACAGCCUUGCAUCUGGCUGCUCACUGUGGCAACCUGGCAGUGGUCAAACUGCUCAUUAAGGCAAGAGCCAACAUCAACCAGCCAACCAAUGACGGCUCCUGUCCUCUGUACGCAGCUGUCAGUGCUGGACACAAAGAAGUUGUGGAGUUGCUCAUCAGGAAGGGAGCAGAAGUCAAUGGAGAACACACCUCCUCUUGCUGGUCCAGUCUCCACCUGGCUGCUUAUAAGGGUUCCAGUGAGAUGGUGCGCCUCCUGAUUGCUGUGCCAGCCUGCAAGCUGGAAGCUCUUGACGAUAAUAAUAUCACCCCCUUGUUUCUGUCCGCACAGUAUGGACGGAGGGAGUGCCUUCAGAUCCUUAUUGAUGCAGGUGCGGACGUGAACACUCAGGCUGCAGACCUUGCCACCCCUCUGAUGAUCGCGUCUCAGCAGGGGUACGAGGACUGCGUGAACACCCUCCUGGCCCACGGUGCCAACGCCAACAUCCUCUGCAAUGACAUCUGGCCCCAGAUCCCCAUCCACGCGGCCGCUGAGUUUGGACACAUAAGCAUCCUGCGACGUCUGAUCGCCGUGACGGACCGGACGUGCGACCGGGGGAAGGACCGGGUGAGCCCGCUGUACCUGGCCACGGACCAGAGGGAGUGUACUCAGGUGCUGCUGGAGGAGGGCUUCCACCCUGACGCUCAGGACUGCAGCUCCUUCAUAGCCCAGUCGCCCCUCGCCAAGGCUCUGGCCCCCCUCCAUGCCUCCAGCAGGACCCCCAGUGAUUCAGCGAGGCUUUUGUUGGCUGCAGGGGCCACUCUGAACAAGGCGGUGUGGGCUUUCGCCCUGAACACCGACAAGCCAGAGACCCUGCAGUUCAUACUACAGCACAGGAGAAUCUGCCUGAGAAGGCUGGACCUGCUUCAGAGACCAGACCUGCCAAGCUGGGGCCUGUGCAGCCCGGCACAGUCCUACAGCUCCUUGUCCAGUCUGGAGGAAUCCAGCGUGACCAUGUCCAGUUCAGAGGAAACCAGCGAGGUUGUGUGCAGUUCAGAUGAAUCCAGCCAGAGCUGGUCCAGUCGAGAGCCGCCCGGUUGGAAGGCGUCCAGACCAAAGCAGUCGAGCGGGAACUCGUCCGUUUCAGGGGAGUUAAAGGAUGUGUGGUUGAAUGCAGAGGAGUUGACUUGGCUGGUGUUAGUGGCUGACAGGACAGUGCAUCAUGCCCCCUGCUGGCUCCCUUUGCUACUGCAGGCUGGAUUGGAACCUUCCCUGCUCUUACGCUCAGACAUAUUGAAGAAGGCGAAGAGUGACGUUCUGAAUUACCUCCUGGAGUUUGUGAAUUGGUCGACUCUCUCCCACCACCUUCGACAAAUACUUGACCAGCGACUAGAAGAGAAGACGUGGACUCCCAACGCACACCUAGAAGGUGUGCCCCCUCUCUCUCACCUCUGCAGGCUCCAGGUUCGGGAGCAGUUAGGGGCUUAUCCUUUGAUGCAGACGCCCUGUGUCCAGCAGCUUCCCCUGCCCCGCCCUCUCCAGAAAUACCUUCAGUUCACAGACAUCAUUCCUCCAUAGCACAGCACACGCUACAUCCACACCACCAUCACGUUCUGUUGUUGGUUCUAUCGUUGUCUACCUGCACCAUAUACUUAACCGCAAGCAGUUGAGUUUCCUGCUACUGUGACAAAAAAAAAAACGUUUGAUAUCUGAUGUAAAGAUGCCAAAGUUUUUCUGUUUGAUAGUUGUAUACUUGUUGUGUUAAAUUUACUACCAGUUCUAUUUGCAAGAGGUUGUUGCAUUUAAAAUAAAAAAU